AUGCCGUGCCGGUCGAGAUAUACCUGCGGUUUCAAGGGAUGUAGAGAGCGACACCAUCGUUUGCUGCACCGGCCAACGCAGUUGACAACGACACAACCGGCACAGUUCCAAAUGCACCGAAAUGAGUCGCAAACAACUUUGUUUCGUGUGGUGUCCGUCACACUCUGCAACGGCGAAAGCCAGAUCGACACACACGCCUUCCUGGACGAGGGAUCAUCGCUGACGUUCGUGGAAUCCAGCCUAGCUGAGAGCCUGAGAGGAAGUUCCCGAGCCACUGGAGCUGAGAUGGACUGCGAAUGUGGAACGCAAGGAGACCACGUCAAGGAGGAUCAGUUUGGAGAUUUCCGGUCUACCGCACCCGGAAGUACCCGCAUUCUUUCGGAAGAGGUGAGGGCCCGUGGCUUCGGAAUAGUAGCACUUCAGGAGACGCGCUGGAAAGGAGUGACGGAGCGCCCCUAUCGUAGCGCUUGCAUGAUCUACCAAAGCGGUGGUGAAAAGCAUGAACUCGGUACGGCGUUCCUGGUCAUAGGUGAGAUGCGAAAGCGAGUGAUCGGGUGGUGGCCGAUCAAUGAACGGAUGUGCAGGUUGAGGAUUCGCGGCAGGUUCUUCAACCUGAGCAUCAUAAAUGUGCAUAGUCCGCACCUUGGAAGCACCGAUGACGAUAAAGACAAUUAUUAUACGCAGUUGGAGAGGGAGUACGACCGCUGCCCACAACACGACGUUAAAAUUGUCAUCGGGGAUUUUAAUGCUCAGGUCGAACGGGAGGAGGCAUUUAAACCGACGAUAGGAAGUUUCAGUGCCCACCGGCUGACCAACAACAACGGGCUUCGGCUCGUAAACUUCGCCUCCUCCAAGCACAUGAACAUUCGCAGCACCUUCUUCCAGCACGCACCUCGCUUCAGUUACACCUGGAGAUCACCGCAGCAAACACUUUCCCAAAUCGACCACGUUCUCAUCGAUGGAAGGCACUUCUCGGUCAUAAUCGACGUAAGGACCUAUAUAGGAGCAAACGUCUACUCAGACCAUUUCCUGGUUAUGGUUAAGUUACGGCAGAAACUGUGCGUGGCCAACAAACUGCGCUAUCAGCCCACCCCAAGGCUCAACACAGACCGGCUGAAACAAGCUGUUGUGGCGAGGGACUUCGCAAUCGCGCUUGGGGAAGCGCUGCCGGAGGACAUUACUACCGAGGUGAUGUCUCUCAAUGACCACUGGCGCAUGGUGGAGCAAGCCAUCAGCAGCACGGCCGAGCGAACAAUUGGCCGCGUGACCCGUAACCAGAGGAAGGAAUGGUAUGAUGAUGAGUGCAAGCGAGCACUCUCCGAGAAGAACGCCGCGCGGACCCACAUGCUCCAGCGCGAGACCCGGCAGAACGUGGAAGACUACAGACGACUGAGAAGGCAGCAGACCCUACUCUUCCAGGACAAGAAGCGCGGCUUCGAAGAGUCGAACGAGCAACUCAUGCAUCAGCUAUCCCAGUCGGGGGAAACUCAUACCAGAGCAGACGCAGGAAGCAGAGGAGAGCAACCCUACGACAGCCAGCAUGACAAUGACGAAGUGCCCCCGCCAUCUUUGGACGAAGUCAUCAGCGCCAUCAAACAGCUGAAAUGUAACAAGUCAGCUGGCAGCGAUGGUCUGGUGGCCGAACUGUUCAAGAUGGGUCCGGAGAGGCUUGCCGUCAUCAUGCAUCGGCUGAUUGUUAGGAUUUGGGAUCAGGAAGAACUACCGGACGAGUGGAAAUUGGGUGUCAUACACCCAGUGUACAAAAAGGGCGACAGGCUGGACUGUGCUAACUUCCGGGCCAUCACAGUCCUGAAUGCUGCCUACAAGAUCCUGUCCCGAAUACUCUUCUGCAGACUUUCGCCUCUUGCUACAGAUUUCGUCGGCAGCUAUCAAGCUGGAUUUGUUGGAGGCAAAUCAACUACCGACCAAAUCUUUACUCUACGGCAGAUCCUCCAGAAAUGCCGAGAGCACCAGAUCCCUACGCACCACCUGUUCAUCGACUUCAAGGCGGCCUACGAUACCAUAGAUCGGAGCGAACUAUGGAACACCAUGCAGCAGUACGGAUUCCCUGGGAAGCUGAUACGACUGUUGCGGGCCACUAUGGACGGGGUGCAGUGCAAGGUGAGAGUGACGAACAUGCUGUCAGAAGCGUUCGAAUCUCACCGGGGUCUGAGGCAAGGGGAUGGACUCUCAUGUUUGCUGUUCAACAUCGCUCUGGAAGGUGUCAUGCGAAGCGCGGGCUUCGACAUCCGGGGCACGAUUUUCACCCGAACUCUCCAAUUCCUUGGCUUCGCGGAUGACAUCGACAUCAUCGGGCGAACAUCUGCGGCGGUGUGCGAGGCGUACACCCGACCGAAACGCGAAGCCGCUAAGAUUGGAUUGAGGAUCAAUGCGACGAAGACAAAGUACCUGCUUGCCGGGGGCUCUGACCGUGAUAGAGCCCGACUCGGAAGCAGAGUAUCAGUUGACGGCGACGAUCUUGAGGUGGUAGAGGAGUUCUGCUACCUUGGCACGAUCGUAACUUCGGACAACAACGUAAGCAGCGAAAUCCGAAGGCGCAUUGUUCAGGGAAAUUGUGCCUACUACGGGCUCCGCAAACUCCUGCGAUCCAGAAGACUCCAACAACACACGAAAUGCGCGAUAUAUCGCACACUGAUACGUCCGGUGGUCCUCUACGGGUACGAGUCCUGGACUUUACUGACGGAGGACGCCAAUGCACUCGCCAUUUUCGAACGGCGGGUGCUAAGGACUAUCUUUGGCGGUGUGUGCGAGCACGGCGUGUGGAGAAGGAGGAUGAACCACGAGCUAGCUGAGCUGUUUGGCGGUGCAGAUAUCCUGACGGUCAUCAAAGCCGGAAGGAUACGCUGGCUGGGGCACGUGAUGAGGAUGCCGGACUCAUGCCCCACCAGGAAGGUGCUCGUCAGCGACCCGUUCGGCACGAGGCGUAGAGGAGCACAGCGAGCUCGCUGGCUGGAUCAGGUGGAGUCGCACCUGUCGGAGAUCGGAUGCAACCGUGACCAACCAGGAGAACCAAUCGCGGUUAAGAAGGUGUUUGGGUGGGCGAUCUACGGCCCUCACGGGAAGAACACAGAUCAGCGACAAGCGGCCACGUGCAACGUGCACAACCUAGUGCGGCAACGUUGCGAAGAAGAUUUCACCUGGAGGAGACCGGCGUGUCGACAUACAGCGAGUUUCUGCCGUAUCCCAAGGACGUCGUUCGAGCAAACGAUCUUCUCGAACGCACCACUGAAAAGCAUGAUGGUCCCCUACUAG